AACGACGCUGCUUGACUCAGGCACGCGGUAGUAGUCAUUUACUUCAGUUACUUCUAAAUAGUGAGGUGAAGUUGUGUUGAAUGAUAAGGCGAUUAUUUUAUUUAUGAAACAAAGGUUACGCAGAAAUACUGUACAUUUUGAGCACAAACAGCAUUAGUCAGGACAAAUGUAAUGUAACAAAGCAUAUUUACAAAACACUAUCAAAAAUAUAAAAAUGGAAAAACUGCAUAAACAUAUUCUUAGAAUGCUACGAGAAAAUAUAGUGGCUGAUAUGGAUGUACAUAAUGGUAUUAUGAAGCCAUUGCAAUCAGAAUAUAUAUUAAGAGAUCAGCACAUACAAGAAAUUGAAAAAGGUCCUUCUAAACAGAGAAAAGCUGAAAUUUUAUUAGAUAUACUUCCAAGUCGUGGUCCACUUGCAUUUGAUAUUUUUCGUCAAGCUUUAAGACAUCAUUAUGAAUGGUUAAGUGAUGAUAUGGAUAAACUUGAAGAAAAUGGAAAAUGUUUUUCAGAUAUAAAAUAUAUGGGUACACCUACUCUCCCACCAAUUUCACCAUUAACUGUGGUAAGAGAAGAAAAGAUGAAACAGUUACAAAAUUGCCUAGAAGAAUUACAACCGAAUGAAUAUAUUGUACUCCAUGGUAUGAAAGGUUUUGGUAAAUCGUCUUUAACAGCUAGCACAUUAAAGAAUAGUAAAUUUAUAAGAAAUAUAUUUUAUAAUGAAGUAUAUUGGAUCAAAUUUGGACAUAAGCGUUCAAUUGAUGAAGAUAUAUUAAUUCAACUUAAUAGACUAUAUCACCUUGUUAAGAACCUGGAAAUAUUACCAGAUUCAUACAAACCAGAAUCUCUAAAGGAUUCGUUGAUCCACUUCUUACAAGAUUACUUUAGUAGAUCAAAACAUUGCAAUGCUCUGUUAAUUUUGGACGAUGUUUGUGAUAAAAAAAUAAUUGAUACAUUUGAUUUCGAAUGUAAAACAUUAGUGAUUACAGCAGAUCUUGAUGUUGUAUUGGAUAAGAGACCUUGUGUCAUUGAAAUGAAUGAUGGAUUUACUGAAGCAGAAACUUUAGGUUUGUUCGCUAAGGUGUUAGAUACAGAAGUGGAACAACUUCCUGUAGAAGCAAAACUAAUUAAUCAAGAAUGUAAAGGGAUGCCUUUAUUAAUAGCAAUGUUUUCUGCGCAAUUUGAAGAAUUUAAACAUGAUAUGAAGUUACAUUCGAAGAGAUGGAAAUAUUACUUGGAUUCAUUAAGAAAUAAGGAUGAAAAAAAUCAUGUAAUUAAAAAAUUCUUGGAGAAACAAGAAGCCAUUUUUAAUAUGUGUAUAGAUCAGUUACCUCUUGAGAUGAGAGAACAUUAUGAAGAAUUAGUUAUUUUUAGAGAGGAUGUUAAUAUAACACCGCAGACAUUGGAAAUUUUGUGGGGAGGAUCUCCUUUUCAAGUUGAAGAAAUGAUGCUUGAUCUAUGUCAUAAAUCGCUUGCUGCUAAACAGUGGAAUGCAGAAUUGCGAAGUUACAUUUAUGGUGUACAUGAUUUAUUGCUUUGCCAUCUACGAAAAAAAUUUUCAGAGAGUGAAUUAGUAGAAAUGCACAGGUCAUUAAUUGAAAAAUAUCGUAAAUAUUGUAAUGGUGAUUUUUCGAAAUUACCGGCAGAUAAUUACAGUUAUUCCUAUAUUGGAUACCAUUUGGAACAAGCAAAAUUAUAUGAUGAGUUUCCUAAUAUAUAUUUAGAUUUUGAUUUCAUUCAGCAAGCAAUAAUUCAUAGUGGCCUGAAUAAUUUAUUGAUCGAUUUAAAUAAUUAUGAAAAAUAUAUUACCAAAAAUUAUGAUCAAGUAUAUGAAAUGCGUCUUGCAGACUUGGAAAAAUUCUUAGAAGAACAAUCAAGUGUUAUAGCAGAACAUAGGCGUAAAAAUUGUUUGGAUAUAGUACAAAUUGCUUUGAGUCAUCCUUAUGAAGGAUAUGUUAAAGAUACUGCCACUCAACUUGCAAAAGAAAGAUCCAAAUAUUUAUAUAUAUUUCAUGCUAAAAAAUUAAGGCAUAUGGAUAUGCCAUUGAGUGAAGAAGUAUUAACGAAAGUACACGCGUUAUGUUUUACAUGUGAUCCAAACCUAAUUUUAAUUGGAAAUGGAAGAGGUGAAAUAUUUUUGUGGGAUAUCUUUUACAAAAUGCAAAAAGUUUUCACUGGACAUGACAAGAAUUGUUGCAUAAAAAAGAUUAUCAUAUCUAAUGAAGGAGAUUGUUUUUUAUCGCUAGAUGACCAUGGUGUCGUGAAACUUUUCAGACUUUUUGAUGACGAAAAUUAUAAACAAAAUAAUGUUGCUGUAUUAAGUCCAAGACAAAAACAGUCAUUUUGGAGUGGAAUUUUUACAAGUAAAGUUCCGCAUGAUGAUAGUUCAGUAGUAUUUUCUGUUCCUGGUGAAGUUAUAUUGGAUAUGUCAUUUGCACAUGACAGUAGUUCUGUUGCAGCUUGUACAAACAAAGGAACGAUAAGGAUUUGGGAUCGCCGUGGAAAUGUAUUAUCAGAUCAUGGCCAUAGUCCUCAAAGUAACCUUAAAAAUAUAGCGUUUACAAUGGGAAGUAAUCUGCUUCAUGUAAUGGAUGAAAUAAAUGGUGUUCUAAUAUCGUAUUAUAAAUAUGGCGAAGAGUAUACAUAUAUAUCACAAUACAAUGUAGAUUUACAGAAAAAGAAAAUUAUCUUUUUCUGCAGUGUGCCAGAACAAAAUAAUUCUUUAUUCAUUGUUACUGAAGAGAAAGCUGUAUAUGUAAAAUGGUUUAGAUCACAUAACCAUAUACACAGUUACAAUAAGCAAACAAGAGCAAGUGUUGAAAAUGAAAAAACUGUUUACGUUUGUGCUAGUUUGACUAAUGAUGGUCGCUAUAUAGUCUUAGCUGAUUCCAGUGGUUUUAUAAAUAUAUGGAAUACUGAUGUUGGACAUCAGCCAAUAGCUACUUAUAGAAGUCGUGUCUCCUCCUUGGAUACAUAUUGGUUAAGAGAAGAAGGAUGUCACAUUAUUUGCGGUAGUGAGAAUCAGUUACUUCAUAAGUGGAAACUUCCAGUAGAAGGAACUAAUACUUCAAUAAGAAAACAUUUAUUUGAUGCAAAAGUACAGAAUUUUGGUGAUGCUCCGGAUACUAUCGUUACGGAAACUCUGUCAAAUACUAUUAUUACAUUAGUUGAUGAUAAUAAAAUAGCAGAAACUGAACCUAUUAAUGCAAAAAUAAAUAACUUAAUUCUUUAUGCAGAGAAAAUAAUUUAUGUCACUGAUAAAGGCAUUGUCAAUAUAUUUAACAUACGGAACAAAGAAAAUAUACCUGUAUUAAACUUUACAUCUAAUGUGGAGUUAGUUGAAAUUUUAGAUAUGAAAAGAGAUCACAACAAUUAUAUACUCGUUUGUAGAGGAACUGAUAAUAACUUAAAAGUGUGGGAAAACGUAAAACUAACAUAUUUAAUUGAAGAUGCAGGAUAUAUUAUUGCAAUUCAUAAAGUUGAUAAAGAAUGUGUAGCAACAGUGACUAGAAAUGGUAUAAUUACAAUUUGGAAUAUUAAUGGCACAAAUUGGAUGCGAGUGGAUAUAGUAAAAAAUUUAGACUCAGUUAGUAUUUAUAGUUGCUUAAGUUACCACAAAAGUUUUCUAGCUGUGUUAAAUGAAAAUGGAGAUGUUGUUCUCUAUAAAUUACAAAAAAAUACAAUGUCAUUACCAGCAUAUAUCAAAAUAAUUGAAUAUUUUAGAAAAAGAUAUACCCAGAAAUUAACAUGCUGCGAAAUUUCGCAAAAUGAGAAAUAUUUAGCUAUAGGUUUCGAAGAUGGAGACAUUUCUAUUAUUGAUACAUCAAUAUCGGAAGAGAUAAAUAAAUUGAGUUUUCAUACAAGUUCUGUUACUCAGUUACGUUGGGCUCCAUCUGUAAUUGAGGUCCCAAUUUUGCUUUCUGUAAGUUCUGACGAAUUAGUUUGGUGGAACAUUGCUUUAGCCCUAUACAUACGUAAACCGAAACGGUCAUCAAUACGAAUAAAUCGCAGCAUUAGUACUCCUUCCGUUGGUGUACAAGGAAAUAUUACUCCAAAUAUGUCUACUAGUCAAAGCAUAGACUCGUGUAUCUUCAAUAUGCAAAAUCAGGUAGAAGAUAAAGAUAUUAAGUCUGACAUAGAUAAAGAAACUAAAUUUUGGAAAUUUAAAGAGGGUAAAAAUCCUAACAAGCCAGCCUUAUUAGGUGUUGUCGAGUUACCUUCGAAUUUUUUUGCUAAAGUAUGCAUAUCUACCGAUUUUACAAAAUUUGUUACAGUUGAUAUAUAUGGAUCUGUUAGUACUUUUACAUUAUGUGGAUAUAAUUAAUGAUAAUUAUUUUUAUUAAAUGUCUUUAUAAAUCAAAUAAAAAAAUUUUAUAAUUAGUCUAUUGAAAUUAUAUUUGUUCUAAUAAUUUUACUUGCAUAUAAGUAAAAAUUCGAUAUAAGCUCAAUGCAUUGAGUUUUAUGAAUGGUAGAUAUGACUACUACAUUGAGAUAAAAUACAUUACAAGUAGAAAAAUAAGAAUCUGAUCGAUGCUGAUGAUCAUAAUAACGAUGGUGUUAAAAUUUUAUUGCAUUUUUAUACGAUCUAAUUGAUUGAUGCUCAAAACUGCACAUGGGACAUAUGAAAACUACUUAACAAUAUCCUAAUGCCACUGCCACAUGCAUUUAUCAGAAAAUUAUAAGAUCUCUUAUUUAUACAAUUACACAGAAGAGCCAUAGUUGUAGUUCCGACUACAUUUUUUAUAAUGAAUUUAUAGACAAUACAAUUUUUGGACAGACUUUAGAAUUAGCUACAUAUUUUGAGUCACUUAUAGUUUUUAGACCCAUUUUUAGGUGACUCAAAUUGGUAAAUGUAGCUUGUAAGGUUUAUUCUAUUUAUUACUUGUACAAAUACCCUUUUUUACAUAUUUUAGAUAAUUAUACUCCAGUUUAAUACAUAGGGUACAUACAAAUGCUAGUAUAUCAUUUUUAAAUAAGUAUUAUUGCAAUAUAUAAAAUAUAUUAUGGCAUUAUAUACACAAUUUUUGUAAAUACGGAUAAUUGUAUUUUACCAUAAAAAAUCGCAAAAAAAUUAUUCAUUUUUAACGAUCAAAACUUUUAUUAUAAAUAAUAGAAAAAUGCAUAAAAUAUUUAUAUUACAUAAUGAAACUAGAACAUAAUUUUAUAUAAUUAGGAAAUUUAUUAUCUUGUAUUUUGAUGUUUAUUUUGUUUUAUUUAAGAAUAAAUUACAAAGUGCUAAAUUUGUAAGUCAACGAUAUGAAAGAAAAUUCGAUUUAAGUUUCUAUUAAUUUAUAAAUUAUAUUAUAAUAAUAUAAUAUAAUUAUUAUACACUAUUAUAAAUGUGUGGAAAUAAGUCUUUCAUAAUAUCUUAAAAAAAUCAAAUUUCAUUCAACAAAUAUAAAAUAUAAAAUAAAUUUCUAGUGUUUUAUAAAUUAUGGAAAACUUUCAUGUCUUUGAUUUUUGCUCGUUCAUCGAAAAACGAAGUCAAUACUAUUUUCUGUCGCUAUUUUAUACUAUGUGCCUUAAAUGUAUAAUAGAUAUGUAUAUUUAAAGACGUCGAAUGUUUAACGUGUUUGUAUAUUUAAGUUAUAUGUUUAACAACCAAUUUAUGACAAUUUCCUUUAAAUAAGACUUAAGUUAUGCAUUUAUUUUAUAUAUUGAACAUAGACUAUUGUAUACUGAAUGCAUGGCAUAAAAAUUACACCUAAUUUGUAUCAUAAUAAUAUGAUAAAAUUAUAUUAUAAUUUUUAAAAUUAGGUAUAAUUUUUAUGCCAUUUAUUUAAUCUCAGUGUUUUUUCACUGAGCGAACUUAUUUUGUUUCAUUAUAUUAUAUAAUAUCACUAAAUAUUCUAAUAAGAUAAAUAUUUAAAGAUAUAACAAACAGAACAAUAAUGUAUAGAGGGAAAGUUGUCAACAUUGCGAAGUACAAUUAUUGUAAAAGAAUGAAGUAAGAUAUAUAUUGUACAGGUUGCAUGAAUUCUGACGCAUUCGAUGCACGCAAUAACAAACAUAUUGUUAUGUAGACGUCGAAGUAUUUAUCAAUUUUGUGAUAUAAGAAUACAUAUAUGACCAAUGUAUUCAUGUUAACUGUGGUGCAAUUUAUGGGAGAUGCGAACAAUACCGCUGCUCACGAGUAAACCAUAAUGUUUGUCGGCCAAAACAAAGUUUGCAUUCUCUCUCGUUGAGCUCAAUUUUUAAUAGCAUUUAUUGUACUAUGUGCGAUUUAUUUGCAUUUUACUUGAUGUUAUAAAGGCUAUAUACAUUUUAAUGUACAUAAAUAAAACUUUGUAAAUACAUAUUCUCGUUUCGUUCCCACGAGAUCAACGUACCGAGA